ACAGGGUUGGGAGUGAGCUUGCUGUUGUGUACAGCCUCCUUCAGGCGCUCAUUCAGUCUGCCGGUUCACCCCACCGGCUCGGAGCUACACAGGAAAUACGAGACAGUUUGUGUGUUUUGAUGGCGGUUCUCAGAAUAUUUGGAUGGUUUGUACCGGUUUUUUAGUCCAACGCUAAUAAAUCGGGUUUGUAAUGAUGCGGAUUAGCUGAAUCCUCCACCCGAAUCCAGCCCGGAUUCAGCUCCACGUGUUGCCUGUGUAGCAGCCACGAGCCACGUUUACUUUUCUUCCUCCAUUCGUUCAUUUUCUUGGCUCGAUCUCAAUUUUUUGGGGGUGGAGGAGAAAAACCAAGCCCUUUUUUUUAGUUUCCUAGAAGAAAUUCAGGUUUGUGUGUUGGAACAAAAAAGACUGGAGUUACAACAUCACACACGGAUCCAGACAGCUGUUUUGUUUUCACGUAGGCUUGCCAUCGCACUACAAUGACCGCUGUGCCUGUAGGCUCCCUGCAGUAAGCACUUAAAGGUUAUGCUUUCCAAAACCUCCCAGCUGAGUCUGAGCAAAAAAGAAAAAGGCUAAUCCCAGGGACACACACCACAUUCAACUCACCAAGCCAUGAGUGACACUCAGGAUAAUGGGGACCCCAUCGCCACUGCUGGACUGACUGGACACUCAGCUGCAGUGCCCCUUUCUCCCCGUCGGCAUGGUGACGACAUCGACGACGAAGACGACGGGGACCUGAAUAAGACUCUGGGAGUGCAGCGCUUCCAGCAGAUCCUCUCCCCAGCACCGCGUCUACCUCUCGAGCAGCACCGCACCUUCAACCAGGAGGACUUGGAGGGCCACCGUCACUUACCCCUGCAUAUCCAUCAGCCGCUCUCCAAACGGCUGCCCUCUGAGAGCCGGGGGAAGAAGAGCGGGCGCAAGAGGAAGAGUGGGAGGAGGCGGGGCUCAGCCAGCAGUGGCGGAGCUCCAACUAUCGAGGAGGAUGAACAAGAAGAUGACGUAGAGGAGGACCACUGCAGCCCCCAGGAUGGAGAAGACAACGCCACCUCACCUACACCUGACACCGACAUCGACGCCCAUGCUGAGCUAGUACAGUUCUUUGUGUGUGAUGAAGACUCCAACGGCACUACUGUGGUCAGAAAUAACCAGAACACUCCGUCUCGUCCGCUCUCCAUUGUCCCGGAGUCGGCCCUACACAAGAGCAGCACCAGCCCCGAGGACGCCACUACAACCGAUAUCGACGGCGCGUGUCUCCAGCCCAAUGGCAGGACGGCGUCCAUUCCGUCGGUGUACCCGCUCGUGUCUCCCGACGCCAGCUCGAGGUUGGCGCGUAGCUACGACCUGCAGGAGCGCCGGCGCACGGGAGACGUGACGGCCACCGAACUGGCCCACUACCAACACAUGCCGACCGACGAAAGCGAGGCACAGAUGCUGGCCACCGUCGACCUGGACGGCAUGAAGAGUCACCGCUUUGAGGAUGUCCCCGGCGUGCGGCGUCACCUGGUCAGGAAGUGCAGUAAAGGGCAGGUGGUUCGUAUCAGCAAGGACCACAAAGAGCCGAGCGGCCGCAGCCGCAAGCUGGACAGGACCCCGCACGAGAGGAGGUUGUUGAGUCACGCAGCAGACUACAGAAGGACCCACAAGGUCCAGCAGCUUCAGGUGUUUGUGGAGCUGAACGAGUUGCUGAUGGAUAAGAACCAGGAGAUGCAGUGGAGAGAGACGGCUCGCUGGAUCAAGUUCGAGGAGGACGUGGAGGAGGAAACGGACCGCUGGGGGAAACCACACGUUGCCUCGCUGUCAUUCCGCAGCCUGCUGGAGCUGCGUAGGACAAUCUCACACGGUGUCGUACUGCUGGACCUGGACCAGAGGACCCUGCCUGGCAUCGCUCAUCAGGUGGUGGAACAGAUGAUCAUCUCCGACCAGAUCCGAGCUGAAGACAGAGCUAACGUGCUUCGAGCACUGCUGCUUAAACACAGUCACCCGAGUGAUGGGAAGGAGCACAGUUCAUUCAACAGGAACAUCUCAGCAGCCAGCCUCACCUCUCUGAUGCCUCAUCACCAUAGCAACAACCAUAUCGCCCAUCCAGAACCUUCUGCUGCUGACCCGCUCAUAGCAGGGACCACAGAACCUGACUCCCACCUUUUUGUCGACAUCGACAAGACUGAAAAAGACAGUUCUCUAGUGCUGGGCUUGCACAAAUCCAAAUCUAAGCACGAGCUCAAGCUCCUGGAAAAGAUCCCGGAAAAUGCAGAAGCCACCGUCGUGCUCGUGGGCAGAGUCGACUUCCUGGACCAGCCGUCUAUGGCUUUCGUGCGCCUGCAGGAGGCGGUGUUGCUGGAGUCGGUGCUGGAGGUGCCGAUACCAGUGCGUUUCAUGUUCGUCCUCCUCGGCCCGCCCAUCGCUAACAUGGACUACCACCAAAUCGGACGCUCCAUAUCCACCCUGAUGUCCGACAAACAAUUUCACGAGGCAGCAUAUUUGGCGGAUGAGCGCGGGGACCUGCUGACAGCCAUCAACAGCUUCCUGGACUGCAGUAUCGUGCUUCCUCCGUCCGAGGUAGGAGGUGACGAGCUGUUGCACUCGGUGGCUCGAUUCCAGCGAGAGAUGCUGCGCAAGAGACACGAGCAAGAGGUCAAAUUGCAGUCCAAGGAACCCAAGAGACCAGAGGACGAGGCUCUUUUGCCCCCAAGUAAACCCGUAGAAGACCCCCUGCGCAGGACGGGGCGCCCGUUUGGCGGGGCGAUACGAGACGCAAAGAACCGCUACCCCAAAUACCUCAGCGACUUCAAGGAUGCCCUCAACCCUCAGUGCAUGGCUGCUGUCAUAUUCAUUUAUUUUGCUGCCCUCUCACCUGCUAUUACAUUUGGAGGACUGUUGGGUGAUAAGACUGAUGGCUUGAUGGGUGUGUCAGAAUUAAUCGUGGCCACUGCAGUACAGGGGGCUUUGUUUUGUUUACUUGGAGCUCAGCCCCUUCUAGUGGUUGGCUUUUCUGGACCCUUGUUAGUGUUUGAAGAGGCGUUCUUUUCUUUCUGUAAAUCCUAUGGCAUGGAGUACCUGACAGGCCGGGUAUGGAUCGGAUUUUGGCUGGUAAUUAUCGUGGUGGUUAUGGUGGCCUUCGAGGGAAGCUUCCUGGUGCGUUUUGUUUCUCGCUUCACUCAGGAGAUCUUCUCUUUCCUCAUCUCCCUCAUUUUCAUCUACGAGACCUUCGCGAAGCUUGCCAAGAUCUUUAAAGACCACCCUCUCACCUCUUGCAACAGCACAGCAGAAAAUUACACGACACCAGAGUUACCAGUCAACUCCAGCAGAGCGCAAGAGAUUCCUGGGAAAUUAUUGAACCAGCCCAAUACAGCACUGCUGUCUCUGGUGCUUAUGUCAGGAACCUUCUUCAUCGCUUACUACCUGCGCAAAUUUAAAAACAGCGCCUUCUUCCCUGGCAGUCUCCGUAGGGUCAUUGGAGAUUUCGGUGUUCCCAUUGCUAUCUUCAUCAUGGUUUUGGUGGAUUAUAGCAUAAAAGACACUUUCACACAGAAACUGAGUGUGCCGGACGGCUUCAGUGUGACCAGCCCAGAGAAACGAGGCUGGUUAAUCAACCCAUUGGGCUCGGAUGGUCAGUUCCCAGUCUGGAUGAUGGCUGCCAGUAUUCUGCCUGCCCUGCUCGUUUUCAUCCUCAUCUUCAUGGAGACCCAAAUCACCACUCUUAUUGUGAGUAAAAAAGAGAGGAUGCUGGUAAAGGGCUCAGGCUUUCAUUUGGACCUGUUGAUCAUCGUAGCUGUGGGUGGGAUCUCGGCUUUGUUUGGACUGCCCUGGCUGGCUGCUGCAACCGUGCGCUCAGUGACCCACGCGAAUGCCCUUACUGUCAUGAGUAAGGCUGUGGCACCUGGCGAUAAACCACGCAUACAGGAAGUCAAGGAGCAGAGGGUGACUGGAUUUUUGGUAGCAGUUUUUGUUGGUCUUUCUAUUGUGAUUGGGGACGUGCUAAGGAAGAUCCCCAUCGCUGUUCUGUUUGGGAUUUUCCUCUACAUGGGGGUUAUGUCCCUCAAUGGCAUCCAGUUGACCGAGCGCAUGCUGCUGCUGCUGAUGCCUCCCAAAUAUCACCCGGACCAUACAUAUGUGCGGAAGGUGCGCACUCUACGCAUGCACCUUUUCACCAUUAUCCAGGUGGUGUGUCUGGCUGGGCUCUGGGCCGUCAUGUCCACGCAGGCCUCGAUAGCUUUUCCCUUCGUCCUUAUCCUCACCGUACCCCUCAGAAGGUUCCUGCUGCCUCGACUCUUCACCCAGCGCGAGAUGCAUUGUCUUGACGCAGAUGAGGCGGAGCCCACAAUCAACGUGAGGGAGGGGCAAGACGAGUACACGGAGAUGCCCAUGCCAGUAUGACACGGAUCGCAUCACCCCUGAUGGACGAGUACAAUCACAGACAUUUUCGUCUUUCCUUUUAUUGGAGGCUUCGACCAGUCCGUGACUGUAUCACUGUAGUUCAGAGACUCAUGUUUAUGUAAAACGUUAUAGCUGUUUUUUUUUUUUUUUUUUUUUUACUGAUAGUAGACUUGUAUUUGCAUAUUUAACUGCUCCCUGGUUGUCAGUAUAUAAUUGUUUAUCCACAAGGUGUAGGGUGUACAAACACGUGGGCUUUUUAUAUUUGUUUAAUGACACAUGACCACAUCACUGAUUUAUCCCCCCUCUCACACAAAGCACUUUAUGACCAAUUGUAAUGCGUUCGGUUCGUUAUUGACGUUUCAUCUUCGUGAAACCAGGGUGAACAACUAUCAAACAUCUGAUCAUAUUUAGCUAGCAGAACUGUUGGAAAGCAUGUUAACCCCCCCUCCCUCCAAUCCCACUGUCCCCCCUCCCCCUCGGACCAGCACCGAAAGGUAAACGCAAUUGUUUUCGCACAACUCGGUGUUCUUUAGAGACUCUAUAUUUUAAAUGUAUUGUAAAAAAAAUAUGCAAUGUUCUGUUUUUCUCUACGUAACAUGCAGUUGAAUAGCGCGUCUUCACAUAAGACUAAAGGAGGGGUGAAGUAAAAACGGACGGAACUCCGGGUUCCUCGUCGUUUAGAACCAGCACUAAUUGAACAAAUCGCAUCAUACGAAUCCUUUACUUUAUGACUUGCGGAGUAGGAAGUUCUCAAUACGUACACGCACAAGAGUAGACGCUUACCGUCCCCGCCGGGUGUCUGGCGAAACUACACAACCGCAGCUAUGUAUAUCUUUAUAUAUUUAAAAAAAGCCAAAAAAGUAUCAAGAAAGCUGCAUUAUUGCUGUAUGGAGUUCCCAAAAUAGGAAAAGGCUGUAAGCUGUGGGCUGUGUUUCUCUUUUAUUUGUGUGAAUUUGCUACAUGCUUCAAUCUGAUGUCUUCAGAAUAAUUUUUUUUUUAAUAAUUUAGAUUAAUAAUAGCAUCUAGGACUAUAGCUGAGGGAGAUAAAGAAUGAUUGGACCCACCAUUGCCGGUAAUGUCAGUUGAUUUCAUUGGACAGGGUUCUGUGGUAUAGGCUGGCAAUGAUAACGGGUCACGUCUUGAUAAUAGUUCAGGUUUUAAAACACCGUAUUCAUAUGUUAGACAUUGUUUUUUAUUUUUUAGUCAUUUUAUGAUUGAUUAUUCAAACAUUUUAAGAUCCAAAGAUGCAGUACAAUGCUGAAAUCUUGAUCAUUUCUGCUUGUGUGUGUUCUUUUUUUUUGUUGUUGUACUUGGUGGCGUAAUUGUUACAAGUGCAAUCUGUAUGUACAUUCCUACCAUAACACUCAAACUGUUGUCAGAAAUCUUGAACAAAAUGUUAUUUUACUGAAACUGUACAUUUGCUCUUGCCAAAAAAAAAUUCAGUUGCGUUACGAGCACUUGAGCUUAUCGUUUAGUGCCUUUUAAUAUAAUAUUCGCUGUAAUGCGGGCCGGAUGAAACUGUGUUGGUUGCUUUCUGCUUGAUGAUGAAAUGUGAAGCAGAAGCGACCCUUUUUUUUGUUAUUGUAUGUAAGAUGGUGAAGAGCGAGACGGUGCAUUGGAUUUGUGAGACCGGAUCAAAAUGUAUACGACGACGGUGUGAAAGAAGUGAUUCCUCUGUGUUUAUGAACUGUGCAGACUCAAUAAAGCAACUCUAUGUUUCUAUACA